CAAUCUUCACGUGUGAUAGGGUUACGCCGUUAUUCACUUCUUCAAAUUGGUGCUGCCGUGUGUUACAGUUCCACUAACAAAAGCCGCCUUGUUCCGCCUCCAUCUCAGUUUUUCUCUCGUCGUCACUCAGUCCCAAUCUCUCCUCCCUUUUUUCUGUUCCAUCAGUGUGUAGGAAGUUUGUGAAGUCUUGUAUCGGAGGCUAGUAUGCAGGCUUGUACCAGACCUUCCCUGAUGGGUUCUCUCCAACAGCCCAUUUGGACCGAGCAAUCGAGAUUUCCUUCAAAAGGGUGUGGUGUUAUUGGAUUUUCACACCAAGUAAAACUCAAUUUGGUGAAACCCUGUAGAUCUUCUUAUACUGAAGGAAGUUUGGUUACUGGAAAGCCGCCUUCUACUGUGUCUGUCACUAAAAGUGGAGGUAAUGGAAAUAGCUUUGUAGACCAUGGCUUGAGUGAAGCAGAUCCUGAAGUUCGUGCAAUCAUUGACAAGGAGAAGGGAAGGCAGUUCAGAAGCCUUGAGCUUAUUGCAUCUGAGAAUUUUACAUCUCGAGCAGUGAUGGAAGCAGUUGGCUCAUGCCUGACAAACAAGUACUCAGAAGGUCUACCUGGUAAAAGGUACUAUGGUGGCAAUGAGUACAUAGAUGAGCUUGAGACAUUGUGUCAACAAAGGGCUUUAGCAGCCUUUCAUGUAGAUGGGAAGAAUUGGGGUGUUAACGUUCAACCUUUGUCUGGUUCGCCUGCUAACUUUGAGGUUUACACAGCAAUAUUAAAUCCACACGAUCGUUUAAUGGGUUUGGACUUACCCCAUGGGGGACAUUUGUCUCAUGGAUUCAUGACUCCUAAAAGACGGGUGUCAGGCACAUCAAUUUAUUUUGAGUCUAUGCCUUAUCGACUUGAUGAAUCUACAGGUCUUGUUGAUUACGACAUGCUGGAGAAAACAGCUAUUCUCUUUCGACCAAAACUCAUCAUUGCUGGUGCUAGUGCUUAUCCUCGAGAUUUCGACUAUCCCCGCAUGAGAAAGAUUGCAGAUGCUGUUGGUGCUUUUCUCAUGAUGGAUAUGGCUCACAUCAGUGGACUUGUUGCUGCAUCUGUUGUUGCUGAUCCUUUUGAGUAUUGCGACAUUGUGACCACCACAACACACAAAUCUUUGAGAGGCCCUAGAGGUGGCAUGAUCUUCUUCAAAAAGGAUCCUGUUCUUGGAGUUGAUUUAGAAUCUACCAUCAACAAUGCUGUUUUUCCAGGUCUACAGGGAGGUCCUCAUAACCACACAAUUGGAGGACUUGCAGUUUGCUUGAAGCAUGCACAGUCCCCUGAGUUUAAGGCUUACCAGAAGAAGGUGGUCUCUAAUUGUGGAGCUCUUGCUAGCCGAUUGAUUGAAUUAGGAUAUAAGUUGGUUUCUGGUGGGAGUGAUAAUCACCUGGUUCUUGUUGAUCUAAGGCCAUUAGGAAUUGAUGGUGCUCGGGCAGAGAAGAUUCUUGACUUGGCAUCUAUUACUUUAAAUAAAAACUCAGUGCCUGGUGAUAAGAGUGCACUAGUGCCGGGUGGCAUUCGCAUCGGAUCACCGGCUAUGACAACCAGAGGAUUCACAGAAAAAGAAUUUGCAGCAGUUGCAGACUUCAUUCAUGAGGGUGUGCAGAUAACCCUUGAAGCUAAGCGAUUAGUCUCUGGAUCAAAGCUCCAAGAUUUCAUGAAGUUUGUAGCAUCCCCUGACUUCUCUUUAAUGGACAAGGUGUCAGACCUGCGCAGGAGGGUUGAAGCUCUUACAACCCAGUUCCCUAUUCCUGGGGUAUGAGUCUUCAUCAUCAACAAUUACUUGUAUCGAAAUGAUAGAGUUAUAUUAUCAGAAAAUUAUAUGAAUGAUUAAGAAAUAGCUUGCUAUGAUGUGGAGUAUAAGUCAUCAACAUUUUCCAUCUUUUGUAUGUUAGCACCUUCCUUUUUUCACAUUUACUGCUGAUGGAGACUGACCUAAAGUGCUAUUGGCACUACAAAUUUUGCUGCAUUUAUUUUAUGGUAUAUGUAACGAAUGAACCGCUGCGACGUUUCUACAGUCGAAUUUAAAAUAUAAACAAACUCAUGAUGUUCUUGAUAAA